UUAAACUGAAACUGGACAGCACGUCUAAAUCACUGCAGCAUAAAGACCAACAGCUGGAGGAUUAUAAAAGACAAAUAGAGAAUAAAGAAAAAAAAAUGAGAAACAGAGAGAAAAUCAUAGAGGAGAAAGACGCACAACUGGAGAAUAUUAACAAACUGCUAAGUGAGAAAGAAACAGAGCUGAAGAACACAGGUAAAAAGCUGGAAACCAGUAAAAACAAACUGGAGACACUGGGACAGGAGCUGCAGGACAAGAAGAGACAACUACAGAAGACGAUAAUUGUACUAGAGCAACAAAAAAACGAUUUAGCAGAAAAAACCAAACAGCUUGAAGAGACAGAGAGACGUCUAACUGAGAGAGAGACACAGCUAAUGGAGAGAGACAAACAGCUUCAGGAGAAAGACAGACUUCUAGAGGAGAAAACAAAGCAGCUGCAGGAACAGACAGAUCCAGAAUCAUCAGCCCCCAUCAGGAGAAGAAACAGCAAGGACACCUUACAUCCACAUAUGGGUGGAGAAUCAUCUAGUGCACAUUCUCCAGUGUCGGUUCCUGUAGCAGAACUGAGGCUGGUGCUGCUGGGGAGGACGGGGUCUGGGAAGAGUGCAGCAGGAAACACCAUCCUGAGCAGAAAGGAGAGGAACCAGGCUGCUACAUCUACAGCUACAUCUACAUCCACCCAGCAGAGUGAGAGCACACAGGGUAAGGUGGCUGGGAGGAAGGUGACUGUGAUGGACACUCCUGACUGGUUCUCUCCUGGACUCUCUCUGGAGAAGCUGAGACAGGAUGUGGGACUCUGUGUCCAUCUGUCUGCUCCAGGACCCCAUGCCUUCCUCCUGGUCAUACCUGUAAAGCAGCUUACAGGAGAGGAGAGAGGGAUGCUGGAGAAAAUGGAGGAGAUAUUUGGAGAGAGAUGUUGGAGAAACACCAUGAUCAUAUUCAGUGUCACUGAUGAACUUCAGAAGAAGAACAUUGAGGAGUUUAUCCAGUCAGGAGACCAGGAGGUCCAGAGGCUAGUGGAGAAAUGUGGGAACAGGUUUCACUGUCUCAACAUUAAGGAGAGUGGAGAUGGUUCUCAGGUCUUAGAGCUGAUGGAGAAGAUAGAGAAGAUGGUGGAAGGAAGCAGAGAGAAAUUCUACAGCAGUGAGAUCUACCUGGAGACAGAAUCUCAGAUUAGAGCGAUAGAGACUAAGAUUCUAAAGGAAGGAGGAGAGAUAAGGAUGAAAGUAGAAACAGAAGUAAAGGAGAAAAUAAUUAAUGAGGUGCAGGACUCUCUGAGAAAAAUGGAAGGAAUAAUCCUGGAACAUGAAGGACACAUCAGACAACUGAAUGACCGAACAACUGAACUGGAGAGAAAGAUGAAAGAAGAGAGAGAUGAAGAGAAAAAGAGAGAACUUAAGAGGGAGUUAAAACGAGAGGUAGAGCGAAGGGCAGAAAUGGAAGAAAAGGUGAAGAAACUAAAAGAAAAGAGAGAGAGGGAGAGGAGAGAGAUGGAGGAGAGGCACCAACAGGACAUCAGGGAGGUGUAUGAAGGAGAGGUCAGGAUUGAGACAGAGAGAAACCUCAUGAAGAUCAUCCUGCCUGAACUCCAGAGAAACAUUUUGGCCUCAAAAACAAAGAUGCAGGAAGAGUUCAGCAGACAGAUGGAGGAAAAGAACAGAGAGCUGGAGACUCUUAAACAGAAACUUUUUAAGGUCACAGAAUCACACAGUCUGCUGAGUGAAGCAUACCGUAUAACUGUGUUGAGCUUACCGGAAACAAAAGAGUGACUUUAGUAAAUAUGAGGCAGAGAAAAUAGGACUUUCUAUUAGACUGGGGUACAUGGAUCCUGACCCUGUUAGUACAAUGGAAGUAUUUUUGCCUGUCUUGGGAAAAAAAAAAAAAAAAGCUUGGUUGAAUUCCCCAACAUGAAACCCAGGCACAGGGGUGCACAGUACAGUGUACUUUCAGGUCCCAAGGCUAGAAAUAAUGUAAGGAGAGUAGGAAAUGCAUUUGCCAAAAACCUCUGUCAAUACAAAUAUGUAGAUCUGUUGUGGCCCCUAACAGGAGCAGCUAAAAAAAGAAGAGCAAGAGUGUAAAUAGAUCCUGACUUUAUACCAUGUGAUAUACCUCACUGGCUAGUUCACAUUAAAUUGUAUAUUUCUGUUAAAUUAACUUCUGCUAAAACUCUCAUCUAAA